GUACCUGUACAAAAUGAGCGUAAAACAAUCGUACAAGGGGUGUUAAAAUAUGGGAAAUUUGAUUUUUUAUCGAUUCUAUCUAUUUGCAAGGGUAUUUCCCGCACGUUCCGGCAUCGAAAAGAAAACCAAUGGAAAACAACGGCAAGAAAACAAACCGGCCGCACGAUACGGAGGAGCUGCCACCACGAUGACAGCUCACACAGUGACAGUCCUAUAAAACUAUAUAGCGCUUAUGGCACUAGUGCCUUAAAAACAGCCCUCUACCAGGAUCGCAGGAUUUUCAGCAGGGUUCCGGUUCGGUGCUGUGGGACACAACGCGGCCGUACUGCAUCCGCGGGACCACUGUUGUCAUUUCGGUGCGGAAAGAUCGCUGUGCGCCUGGCCGUCUUGUAGCACGUUCGAUUCGAGCGGGAAGGUUGAUCAUUGUUUACCUUUUUUUUAUUGCUCCCGUCCCGGUGCCGGUUCCAGGCGGCACGAAAACAAGAUAGUCGCCGGUGUGGUAAUCACACGCAUCUAGCACGCAGUCGCAUCGCUCGCCUUCCGGCUACACGCACUAGAAAAAAACGUAAACAAAACCAGUGGCACGUCAAAACAAACCCGGUGUAGGUGAGCUGUCAAACCGUCCUAUAAACGUGUGCGCUUCGUACCCAACGGAUGAUCAAAGUACACCCGGCGAAAACCAUGUACUGCUGUGCACUGAGAAGGUCCGCCAGCAUCUUCCAGCACCGGUGGCUGGUCGGUGUUCAUCUAUCUGCACACCAUUCCUCACGGCCUAUACAAACUACCAAGCAGCACCAUGAUGAUGGACGUCACGAGCAGGGAAAACACCGCAGGUUUGGAACAACGAUGGCACUAACCGGUGUGUUCGGACUGCUUGCCUACAAACAGACACUGUCCAACGACGAACAACAUAAAAGCCGGCGCCACAGUUGGUCCCUUUGGCCAACGGUUGGUGCGAAAACGAAUGCAGACACCACCACAAAACGUAGCCAGCGGAAAGAUUUCAAUUUCAUCGCGGACGCUGUAGAAAUAUCGGCCCCGGCUGUGGUGUACCUGGAAAUACGUGACCGGCAGCAUGUGGAUUUUUUCACCCGCGAACCGUUGACGGUUUCGACCGGUUCCGGGUUUAUCAUCGAAUCGGACGGACUAAUCCUAACGAAUGCACACGUCGUCGUGAGUAAACCGCAUACGAUGGUAACGGUAAAGCUACCGGAUGGACGCACCUUCCCGGGCUACGUGGAGCAUGUGGAUCCGGCGUCGGAUUUGGCUACCGUACGGGUACACUGCAACAACUUGCCAACGAUGAAGCUGGGCCAAUCGGCGGAUCUCCGGACGGGUGAGUGGGUGGUAGCGCUGGGAAGUCCACUCGCCCUUAACAACACCGUAACGGCGGGCGUGAUAAGCACGACACAGCGCCCAUCCCAGGAGCUGGGACUGCGCGGGAAGGACAUCAACUACAUCCAAACGGAUGCGGCCAUUACGUUCGGAAAUUCGGGCGGUCCGCUGGUAAACCUCGACGGUGAAGCGAUCGGCAUCAACAGCAUGAAGGUAACGCCGGGCAUCAGCUUUGCCAUACCGAUUGACCACGCGAAGGAGUUUUUGCGCAAAAUUAACGAAUCACCUGCCGGGACCGAUCGGCGUGCGGCUGGUGAUGCGCAUACGUACCGGCGAUACAUCGGCAUUACGAUGCUUACCCUUACGCCGGAAAUUUUGAGCGAACUGCAGCAACGCAAUCACAAGUUUCCGCCCAGCGUGCGGGGCGGUGUGCUGGUGUGGAAAGUAAUCCAAGGAUCGCCAGCCUACAGCGGAGGACUUCAACCGGGUGAUAUCAUAACGCACAUCAACGGCAAGGAGAUUAAAAAUUCGAGCGAUGUGUACGAACUGUUGCUCGAGCAGGACAAAAAGCUUUCAAUAUCGAUCUACCGCGGGCAACAGCUUACCACGGUGCACGUCUUCCCGGAGGACACUACUGCAUAGAGCAAUGGCGGAAGAGAGUAUCUAUUUUCCCGUCAUGCUAAAGGGUUUGUUAGGAGUUUGACUAAUCGAUUGUAGAUAUUGUAUGAUUUUCUAUUUAAAAAAAAAAGAGAACCUAUGAGACUUAAA